AUGUUCAAUAACAGGCACUGGGUAUUCCAACAAGAUUCGGCGCCAGCUAAUAGAGCGAAGAGCACACAAGACUGGCUGGCGGCGCGUGAAAUCGACUUCAUCCGGCACGAAGACUGGCCCUCCUCCAGUCCAGAUUUGAAUCCGUUAGAUUACAAGAUAUGGCAACACUUGGAGGAAAAGGCGUGCUCAAAGCCUCAACCCAAUUUGGAGUCACUCAAGACAUCCUUGAUUAAGGCAGCCGCCGAUAUUGACAUGGACCUCGUUCGUGCUGCGAUAGACGACUGGCCGCGCAGAUUGAAGGCCUGUAUUCAAAAUCACGGAGGACAUUUUGAAUCAAAUUUAAUGUCAUAA